AUGGAAAUAAUACAUGAAUCCCUGAAGUUACAAAGAUGGUGUGACUGUGCCCAAAAUGUCUUACGAAAAACAUCAAUUAAAUUGGUAAAGGCUGUUGGUGAUUUUAAUAUUCUAUGGAAAAAUAUUGUUUCUACUGAUGUUGUACCCACUAUUACUAAAAGAUUUUCUCAUGCUGCUUGUGUCUUGGAAAAUAAUAUGUAUGUAUUUGGUGGAUGUACAACAAAUGCUACAUCAUUUAAUGAUUUAUGGAGGUUCGAUCUAUCUAUGAGGCAAUGGAUUAGACCUCUGGCAACUGGAACAUACCCUGUUCCAAAGGCAUAUACGACAAUGGUUAAUUAUAAAGCCUGGUUAAUUGUUUUCGGAGGUUGGACUUAUCCAUCACUUUCACAGUACUACCAAAAUGUCACAAUGUUCAAUGAUGUACAUUUUUACUGUGUGAACACACAUAAAUGGAUGCUUAUAAGUGCAGCUAAUGCCCCACCACCAAUGGCUGGACAUUCUGCAUGCAUUAGAGGUGAUGAAAUGAUUGUAUUUGGAGGGCUGGUUAUGUCAGCGGUACAAAACUUUCAAAUUCAAUGCUCAAAUGAUGUUUGGGUAUUUGAUAUUACUACAUUCACAUGGAGAAAACAGCCUACAACAAAACCAAGGCCACCUCCCCGAUAUGCCCAAUCCAUGAUUAGACUUGAUAGUGAUAGAUUAAUGUUGUUAGGUGGGGUUCAAACACUACAAAAUCGAUUUGUGUAUAGUGAUUGUUGGAUAUUAACAAUGAAAGGUCCAACAUGGACAUGGAAAGAAAUAGCUGUUAGAAAUAAAGAGUGGGCUUCCGCAAAUAUUUGGUGUAACCCUGCUUGCAAAGUUGGAGAUAAAGUGGUCAGUUUAAGUAGAAGUAGAAAUGGAUGGAAUACAGCUAAACCUAUGGUUACAUCAGCAGUAAGAUUAUCAAAUUUUAGCAGACCAGAAGGUGCACCAGUCUCUGUAAGAGUUGAACAAAGUUUACAAAGGCCUAUAGACAGGGAUCAAAAUAUUAAUGGAAGGCGUGGUGUCUUGCCACGACAACUAUCACAUAGAGAGAACCAGCUUAAUCCUCCGGGUCAGCCAGUAGCUGGUCCAAGUAACAAUCAAAAUAGGAAUAUAGACAAUGGUGCUCAAAAUAACUUAUCUCCUAUUUUAAAUCCAAAACCAUUAUUAUCUAGUGAUUUUGAUCAUAAUAAAAAAGAGUCCACAUUAAGGAGGAAUAAGAAUAAAGGAAUGAAAAUUGUUCGACAAUUACAAGAAGCAAAUAAAUAUAGGAUGGCAGCUUUUGCUUGUGAUGCUGCUCAGAAUGACCCACCACCCGAAAACGAUCUAAUCAAUCAAAGACAGAUUGCUCAUUUAGAAAGAUUAGAGGCCAGAAAUGGUGAGGAUGAUCAACAUGGCAACCAACCUCAAAGACAACCAGCAGUUAAAAAAAUUAAGCGUAACACUUUAACUAUGCAUGUAUUAGACAUUUCGACAGUAGUCAAUGGAAAUUCCAUGAAUUAUGUCUCUUGGUUGUGUCCACGAUUGGGAGAGAUUAAUGGAGCACCUGAAGAACUAGUGAUGUAUUCUUUAGUUAAAGGCAAUGGAGAACUUAUAAUGUUUGGUGGUGUACAUAAUGAUAUAAGUGUUCCAAAUUACAUUGAACAGCAACAGGUGUAUUCAAAUUCUAUUCAUUUUAUUAUGCCACCACGAGACGUUAUAUGA